CUCCCUUUAAAUCCCCCCCACAAAAGCCAAGAAGGACAGCCUCUGUUUCUUCUUCUCCCAUAAUGCUCCUCUUUGGUUCUCCACUCCUCCACAAAAUGGCGGCUCUCAGUAGCUGGUGGCAGAAAGGGGUUUGCAAACUUGGGUGGCUGCCUACUCUUCAUCAUAUCCGCCAUGGCUCCAAAGCUGUUACCCGGCAUUGGAGAGCUAUGAACUUUAUGCGGCAAAAGCUGAUGGCAGUGACAGAAUACAUACCUCCAAAACCUGCAAUCCCAGAGGAGUGCACCAAACCCCGCGUCAAACUUGUGCAAGACGAAAUGGAAAAUGGCUAUACAAGGCUGUUGCGUCGGCAAGUGGAGCAAACAUUCCUUGAGAACAAAAUGAUUGCUGUGUGCCAGUAUAACUAUGUGCCUGGAAAUGACAUUAUACUCAUGAGGCAUCGGCUGCGGAAGUAUAACAUCCAUGUCAAAUUUUUCCCCAAUGAGAUUGUGAGACCUUUCCUUUCAGACUCCAAGUUCAAGAACCUCCUCCCUCUUUUUGUUGACCGCAACCUUCUAAUGGUGAGUCCAGAAACGAGGGCGCAAGAAAUGUUGAAAAUCUUGAAGCGUAUGCCACAGAUUAACCUCCUAGGAGUUUAUGUUGACAAUGCACUCCUAAGCCAAAAAGGUUUCACAAACUACGCAAAGCUGCCAUCCAUGGUGACUGCCCAAGGGGAAGUGGUGGGCUCACUCUCACUCAUGACAUCCCAAACCAGCAUACUUUUGCAGCGUGGCCCAGUUCAUCUAACAUCUUUGUUGGACCAAUAUGUUAAACAGCAAAGUGGAGAAGCAAAUGAAUCAAAGGAAACAGCAAUGCCUAAUAAGUUGGAAGCUCUUUGAUGAACACUCUUCAGUGAGCCACUAUUCACCUCAGAUCUGCAUGUUUGUGGGGACUGAUCUCAGUUGGUAGGAUUAUGUUCUGUUCAUCAAUUGGAUUAAAAGAUGGAGAAUGAGGCACACAUCAUGAAUGAGAGAUACUGGGGUACAGAUUCCAGUCUGGAUAUUAAUACAUGAUGCACAUCUACACAGAUGUAUAACAAACCAGCAAGCAUGGGGGGAAAACAGAAAACUGAGUAAGGCAAUGGAAGUACAUUUCAGAUUACAAUAGACUUAAAUUGGUGAGCGGAGAAAUAAAGUGUCAUAAUCUUUAUUUGUGUGAUAAAGACUUUUGAAUUCCGGACAUAAAGAAUUAUACCCCAUAUCUGAAGCUGUAAUAUUAAAUGUUUUUAAAGAA